GGGUCGCCGUCCCCGCCGCGCGCGGUCACGUGGCCCCGCGCCGCGCAUGCGCCGCCGGCCGUGGCGUCACUUCCGGCGGGGCCCCCCAGCUGGAAGAGGCGGCGGCGGCCGAGUCCGGGCGAGAGGCCGAGGGAUCUGGCAGCGGAAGGCCAGGACCAGACGCCCCGCGAUGAGCAGUUCCCCUGUCUCCAGAGUCGUGUACAACGGCAGGAGGAACAGCAGCCCCCGCUCGCCCUCCAACAGCAGCGAGAUCUUCACCCCCGCCCACGAGGAGAAUGUGCGCUUCAUCUACGAGGCCUGGCAGGGCGUGGAGAGAGACCUGCGGAGCCGGCUGGCAGGCAGCGAGCGGGGCCUGGUGGAGGAGUACGUGGAGAAGGUCCCCAACCCCAGCCUGAAGGGCUUCAAGCCCAUCGACCUGAGUGACCUGAAGCGCCGCAGCACGCCGGACACCAAGAAGUCCUAAGGCCGGGGCACGGGGUGUGCCUGCCGUCGCCCUGCCACUGGGGGCCCUGGGGUUGACCGCCAAGCCCGCCCCAGCCCCGAGCCCCUCUCUUCCUCUGGGGGGGGUUGCAGGCUGCCCUGUCGCUGUGGGGGUCAGGCCCCGCCAGCCCUGCCUCCCCCGCCCCAGCCCCUCUUCCCAUCACCUGCUGUAGCCCCAGCUCCCUGGCCCUGGCCACCGCAGGAUCUGGAGAGGGGAGAGGGCCUUUGUUCCCCAGGUGGGACUUGUCCUGGAGGUGGCCAGGAAGGAGAACAAGGGCCGCCCCCGGACCCCAGCCCCCCUCUGGCCUGGACGCCGCCCAGCCCCCUCCUUGCCUCGGCUCCAGGAUGACCCUGGCCCGGCACCUGGGACACUGCUGGAUUCCCCAGCAACGAGGCCUGGCCCCCAGUGUCUGGGCACAGUCGCCCCCCUGGGCAGGGGGCCGAGGCUGACCGAGGCGGUGCUGCCGCUGUCCCGGCUCUCUGGCACGUGCUGGGUCACCCGGCCCCUUCCCCCUGUGCCCCCGGAAGUCGGACAUCUGUGGCCCUGGAGGUUGAGGACCCUUGAAUAAAAGCAGGUGGCACAGGG